AUGCUGCCUCAGGCCCAAGCUCGAGCUCUCCAAAGCCCUUCGAGAACGGAGGCGCAUUCUUCUCCCGCUAACACCUCACACCCUAAACAUAGCACUUCGCCGGGCUUGCCGUCGUUGUACUCCUCGUCUCCUCUGGAUGUGUUAGGCUCCGUCGCGACACAGCCAUCUUCAGCUGAAGCUUGGCCUCAGCAACAACUCACCUCGAGAGACACUUCGCUCGGAGGGUCCUGGGUCAACAAUGUAGCAGAGGAUGUUCUUGUUGAGUAUAUUGAGUUCUUCCGAGCCAAAAUCCUGUACUGCGUACCUGUGAUUGACGACGCGGACCUGGAGAACCCGCUCUACGUGAUUAGACGCAGGAGACCACUUGCGUAUUGCACAAGUUUUGUAGCGUCGCAAUUCAUCCCCGGAAGUGCCAAUGUGCGACAGCAACUCCUUUCGCAUGUAUCGGACUUCGUCGAAUCCACCAACGGCCCUUUGACGGAGGACGAAAAUGUUCUCUGGACACAGUUACAGGCUCUGGCGGUUCUAUACGCGUACCGCCCUGCUGCAGACGUAUUCGAGCUUCCAGGUGCUACUCCAACACCUGGCCCUCUAAAUCAUUGGGUCCUCAAGCACUCUAUCGAAGCGUUUGCUUUGCGGGCGCGCCUACACCGUUCUAUCGAUGGCCUGAGAAGCCUUCUCCUGCGCUCAUCUAACUCGCCACAGGUAUCCGAAUCGCCAGCCUUUCACAAGUACGUCUACUGGCUCUGGCUAGCGACCAUGUCUCAUCACUUCUCGGUGAUGACGCGGACCCCCCCAACCAUCCGGGAAGACAGCAGCAUCAGCUCCGCGGUGGAUCUGCUGAGAGACGUGCCGAGGCCAUCACGGGUCACCCGCAUCCUCUCCGAGAUUGAUCUGUAUAUACUCUGGCAACAUGCGGGCCGCAGCGUCCCUGGUCUGGCGGAGUGGUGGUGUACGCCGUCAGACACGAUGAGCGUGGAGGAUGUCCAGGCGGUUCUUGAAGACAUGGAGGGCGCCCUUGAAGUCUGGAGUCAGAGGUGGGGGCUGCGCGGGGAGCCCAAGACGACGGUUGCGAACGUCGACAUGGCCAGAAAUGGCGCCGUCAGCUUUCACUUCCUAUCCACGAGGUUCUGCAUCAGCACCUUCGAGACGCGAUAUCUGCUGGAGAAGACACGGUCUGUGCUCGAUGAAGAUGCGACGUCUCAGCCUGGCUUGGUCCAGGUGGCACGAGAGUCCGUCUUGAAGUCUGUCAAAGCUGCUCAUGCUUGCUCGCGCUGCCUAGUGGACUUACCGCCCCUGCGGCGCGAAUUCGCCCGAUACAUGGCUGAAUUUGGUUACGCUUACAUGGCGUUUUGCUGCCUCUACAUAAUCCAGGCCUAUGAACUCUUCGGGUCCGCUCUGCCGGCUUUGGAGAGUUAUCUGGCUUCUGUGGAGGAGGUCGCGACGUUCCUGACAGAGCUUGCAGUCGCCAGUAAUACAACCCCUCGACUCUACGGGGAUUUGACCAUGCGGCAGUUGAGAAGAGCGACUGGCCGCAUGGAAGGUGCUCGUGUGGACCGUCAACCUUGGACAGGACAGGAUGUGGAGAACUUGGAUGGUCAACAAGUUGUCCCAGCGAGCUUGCGUGCCUCGCCCGUGGGUGGCGAGCACCUCCUUUCUACGAGUGCACCGUCUGGAGAUCCCGGUGUGCUGUCGCAUCUGAACCCGCCUCGUGGCACGAGUCCGCUGCUCUUUUCCAUAUUCGAUCCCAGUUGGGGACCCCUUUUGAGAUAG